CGGGGACGCACUAAGUGGAACGAUUGCACUUGUGUGCGUUUUUGUUAAAGCCCUAAUACCUACACUGUGAGGGCUGGGCGCUGGGAAAGAAGAUCUGGCCCUCUUUGUGGUGGAGAGAAGAGGCUGAAAAACCCCCUCACAUAUGGCUCUUCUGUAGGACAGUUUCCAUUUUUCAUUCGGGAUCGUGGAAGGGACGCCAAAAAAGUCACCUUAAGUUCUAUUCACUUUUUGGACCCGAUUAUGGAGAUGCAAAGGUGGUCCACGAGGUGGAAAACGAAAAGUUGGUUUAUGGAUUCCGCAAUAACUGCAUUCAUCACUUUAACACUGCUUCUGCAGGCUGCUAAAGUCAGAGCAGCAGAGCCAGUGGAUGUCUUAAAAGUGUUAGCAUUUCAAAAUUACCCUGAAGGAGUGACGAAAACAACAGGAUUUUGUGCAAACCGAAGAGCAUCAAAGCCAGACUCAGCCUACAGAGUUGCCAAGCAGAUCCAGAUCAGUGCCCCCACCACACAGUUAUUUCCCGGUGGUGUUUUUCCUGAGGAUUUCUCCAUCCUGACCACUGUGCGCCCCAAGUCUGGCCUCCAGUCCUUCUUGCUGUCCAUUUACAAUGAGCAAGGAGUUCAGCAGCUAGGUGUGGAAGUGGGACGCUCACCUGUUUUCCUCUAUGAGGAUCAAACCGGCAAGCCAACCCCAGAGGACUAUCCCCUGUUCAGCUCUCUCAACCUUGCCAAUGGAAAGUGGCACCGUGUGGCCAUCAGUGUUGAGAAGAAGACAGUCACUAUCAUUGUAGACUGUAAGAAGAAGAUCACCAAGCAUCUGCUCAGGAGUGACCAAGCCUCCAUCAGCACCAAUGGCAUCACAGUGUUCGGCACCAGGAUUCUGGAUGAGGAGGUUUUCCAGGGUGACAUCCAGCAGCUUCUGAUUGUUGCUGAUCCCAAAGCAGCAUAUGACUACUGUGAGCAUUACAGCCCAGACUGUGAGACUCCGCACAAGGAUUCGCUUCAGGCCCAGGAGCCAGAGGAAGAGUACAUUACUGACGAUUUAGAUUACAGACAGUUCUAUGAUUACUCUGAAGGACCAACAGACACCCUCCUCACUGAGGAAUACUCUGAAAAACAGCUAAACAAUGUAGAGGGAGAUUACUAUACAGACAUUGACUACGGAACUCUAGAUGAUACUCAAACUCAGUCCCCUGUUGCCACGAGAGGACCAAUCGAGACUGUAAAGGAGGAUUUUGUCGGUGCGCAUGUCACCAAAGCCCCUCCUAUUACUCCGGAGGCCGACACUGUGUUGGAAACGGUGGACAACUUGAACACUGGUACAGAAGCGUAUGACUUUAAGGAAUAUGACCUGAACGAGUAUGACUUGGGCAAGUUUGACAACAAGUUGUAUGAUUAUGCGACAUAUGAUGAGUAUGGGCCCCUCCCAUCCAAAGCCCCGACAGCCUAUGAUGAGGAAGUGGGGCCUGGGGUUGCUGCUGAAACUGACAUUUCUGAAAGUACAGUUGCUGGUUCUCAAGCAGCUUUCGGACAGAAGGGUGAAAAGGGCGAGCCGGCUGUGAUUGAACCUGGCAUGCUGAUUGAAGGACCACCAGGACCACCCGGCCCAGCUGGUCUUCCAGGACCCUCUGGCCUUCAGGGACCCCCGGGCCCUUCUGGAGAUCCUGGUGACAGAGGUCUGCCUGGUCGCGCUGGUCUUCCUGGUGCUGAUGGCUUACCAGGACCACCAGGUACCAUGCUGAUGCUCCCAUUUCGUUUUGGUGGGGACAGUGAGAAGGGCCCGGUGGUGUCAGCCCAAGAAGCCCAAGCACAGGCCAUUCUUUCCCAGGCCCGACUGGCUAUGAGGGGACCUCCUGGGCCAAUGGGUUUGACUGGAAGAUCUGGACCAGUGGGUCCACCUGGUUCAGCUGGGCUCAAAGGUGAAGGUGGAGACCCUGGUCCUCAGGGUCCACGUGGCAUCCAAGGACCCACAGGACAACCUGGCAAAGUCGGUAAAAGGGGUCGGGCUGGAGCAGAUGGUGCUCGUGGAAUGCCCGGGGAGCCAGGCUCUAAGGGUGACCGAGGCUUUGAUGGACUUCCCGGGCUGCCUGGAGAAAAGGGUCACAGAGGGGAGCUGGGGCCAAUGGGACCACAAGGAUCCCCAGGAGAGGAUGGACAGAGAGGCGAGGAUGGAGAGAUUGGACCUAGAGGAUUGGCUGGAGAGAGUGGUCCUAGAGGUUUGUUGGGACCUCGUGGUUCUCCAGGACCCCCUGGAGUGCCAGGCGUUGCCGGUGUUGAUGGACCACCGGGUUCCAAAGGAAACAUGGGACCACAAGGGGAACCGGGCCCACCCGGUCAGCAAGGGAUUCCUGGAACACAGGGGCUUCCUGGUCCUCAGGGUCCGAUUGGACCACCUGGAGAAAAAGGACCUCAGGGCAGAUCAGGGCUUCCUGGAUUACCUGGAGCUGAUGGUCCUCCCGGUCAUCCGGGUAAGGAGGGUCCACCUGGAGAGAAAGGGUCUCAGGGUCCACUGGGUCCUCAAGGUCCUAUUGGUUAUCCUGGUCCUCGGGGUGUAAAGGGUGCUGAUGGUGUUCGUGGUCUAAAGGGAUCAAAAGGAGAGAAGGGCGAGGACGGUUUCCCAGGUUUUAAGGGAGACAUGGGAAUCAAAGGCGACCGGGGGGAAAUUGGCAUGCAUGGAUCACGUGGAGAGGAUGGUCCUGAAGGGCCUAAAGGCAGAGCUGGCCCCAACGGAGAGUCUGGACCCCUUGGUCCAGCAGGAGAGAAAGGUAAACUUGGGGUCCCAGGCUUGCCAGGUUAUCCUGGAAGACAAGGACCUAAGGGCUCGAGCGGAUUCCCUGGAUUCCCUGGAGCAAACGGCGAGAAAGGAGCAAGGGGCAUUGCUGGUAAAUCUGGUCCUAGAGGACAAAGAGGUCCAACGGGUCCUCGGGGUGCUCGUGGAGCCAGAGGUCCAACAGGAAAAUCCGGUCCCAAGGGCACAGCAGGCAACGACGGCCCCCCUGGCCCGCCUGGCGAGAGAGGACCUCAAGGGCCUCAGGGACCAGUGGGCUUCCCUGGACCAAAGGGCCCUCCUGGACCACCUGGAAAGGACGGGCUUCCUGGACACCCUGGACAGCGUGGAGAGACGGGAUUCCAAGGAAAAACUGGCCCUCCAGGACCAGGAGGUGUUGUUGGGCCUCAGGGACCCACUGGAGAGACUGGUCCUGUUGGUGAGAGAGGGCAUCCCGGACCCCCAGGCCCACCUGGAGAGCAGGGUCUUCCAGGCGCUGCUGGCAAGGAGGGAGCCAAGGGUGAUCCUGGACCACAAGGCUCCCCUGGUAAAGACGGUCCCCCAGGCCUUCGUGGGUUUCCUGGAGAGAGAGGUCUACCCGGUGCUACGGGCCCAUCUGGUCUGAAGGGUGGAGAGGGGCCCCAGGGUCCACCUGGUCCUGUUGGUUCUCCUGGUGAAAGAGGCCUGGCUGGUACAGCUGGCCCAAUUGGUUUGUCUGGUAGACCUGGUCCUCAGGGUCCUCCAGGUCCUGCUGGAGAGAAAGGUGCUCCUGGUGAGAAAGGACCUCAAGGUCCAGCCGGCCGUGACGGUGUCCAGGGUCCAGUUGGUCUGCCUGGGCCUGCUGGACCCCAAGGCCCACCCGGAGAGGAUGGUGACAAGGGAGAGUCUGGAGAGCCAGGCCAGAAAGGAGGCAAGGGUGACAAGGGAGAGCAGGGCCCUCCUGGACCAGCUGGUCUCCAAGGUCCAAUUGGGGCUCCAGGUCCUGCUGGAGCUGAUGGAGAGCCUGGUCCCAGAGGUCAGCAGGGUAUGUUUGGACAGAAAGGAGAUGAAGGUCCGAGAGGUUUUCCUGGACCCCCUGGUCCCAUUGGUCUGCAGGGGCUUCCUGGACCUCCAGGUGAAAAGGGAGAAAAUGGCGAUGUUGGGCCCAUGGGCCCUCCAGGUCCCCCUGGUCCCAGAGGUCCUCAGGGUCCCAGUGGAGCUGAUGGUCCGCAAGGUCCUCCAGGUGGUGUGGGCCCCGUGGGAUCAGUAGGUGAGAAGGGCGAACAAGGUGAGGCUGGAAACCCAGGACCUCCUGGAGAGCCUGGAACUGGGGGACCUAAAGGUGAGAGAGGAGAAAAAGGAGAGGCUGGACCCCCUGGAGCUGCUGGACCUGCUGGUGCCAAAGGACCCCCUGGAGAUGAUGGUCCAAAGGGCAACCCUGGACCUGUUGGGUUCCCUGGAGACCCAGGCCCCCCUGGAGAGCCAGGUGUUGCUGGAACUGAUGGAGAACCAGGAGAGAAAGGAGAGGAUGGUGAGCCUGGUCAACCUGGACCCCCAGGUCCAUCAGGAGAGGCUGGUCCACCCGGUUCACCUGGCAAGAGAGGACCUCCUGGAACUCCUGGAGCAGAGGGCAGACAAGGAGAGAAGGGCGCGAAGGGUGAAGCAGGUGCUGAAGGUCCAGCUGGUAAAACAGGACCUGUUGGCCCCCAAGGACCUCCUGGGAAGCCAGGUCCUGAGGGUCUGCGUGGAAUCCCUGGCCCUGUUGGUGAACAAGGGCUGCCCGGUGCCCCAGGACAGGAUGGUCCACCAGGUCCAAUGGGUCCUCCAGGUCUCCCAGGCUUGAAAGGUGACCCUGGCUCUAAAGGCGAAAAGGGUCACCCAGGUUUGAUUGGUCUGAUUGGACCCCCUGGAGAGCAAGGAGAGAAGGGAGAUCGAGGUCUUCCUGGGCCCCAGGGUGCUCCUGGUGGCAAAGGUGACUCUGGUAUCAGUGGAGCUGCUGGUCCUCUCGGUCCUCCUGGUCCCCCUGGUCUACCUGGUCCUCAAGGUCCUAAGGGAACCAAGGGUUCAAGUGGUCCUGCUGGUCCAAAAGGAGACACCGGUGCAAUAGGUCCUCCUGGACUGCCUGGUCCACCAGGUGAGGUUAUCCAGCCCCUGCCCAUUCAGUCGCCCAAGAAGACCAAGCGCUCCAGUGACAUGCAGUCAGAUGCUGCUGGCACUUUCAUGGAUUAUGGCGAAGGCAUGGAGGACAUCUUUGCCUCACUUAACAACCUCAAACAGGACAUUGAACGCAUGAAAUACCCUAUGGGCACACAAAACAACCCAGCCAGAACAUGCAAAGACCUCCAGCUGUGCCACCCUGAGUUUCCCGAUGGUGAGUACUGGAUUGAUCCAAACCAAGGGUGCUCUGGCGAUUCUUUUAAAGUCUACUGUAACUUCACUGCUGGCGGCGAAACCUGCAUUUAUCCAGAUAAAAAAUCGAACGGGGUCAAAAUAUCCUCAUGGCCUAAGGAGGUUCCAGGUUCAUGGUUCAGUGAAUUUAAGCGUGGUAAAAUAUUUUCCUAUGUGGACGUUGAUGGAAACUCGAUCAACAUGGUACAAAUGACCUUCCUCAGACUACUGACAGCCUCAGCCAGGCAAAAUUUCACCUACAACUGCCACCAGUCUGUGGUGUGGCACGACUCAUCCAGCGACAGCUACGAUAAGGCGCUGCGCUUCCUGGGCGCUAACGAUGAGGAGAUGUCUUACGACAAUAACCCUUACAUUCAGGCCAUCUCAGAUGGAUGUUCGACAAGAAAUGGCUAUGGAAAGACUGUGAUGGAGAUCAAUACUCCCAAAAUCGAUCAGGUUCCGAUCGUCGAUGUCAUGUUGACUGAUUUCGGGGACCCGAACCAGAAGUUUGGGUUUGAAGUUGGACCUGUCUGCUUUCUUGGAUAAACAAAAGUAAAACAAAGGACUUGAUGAGGACAGCAAAUAAAGUCGAGCCAGGACAUCCUGGGUGCCACCAAAUCCCCAUUUUAAGUCCCCCACCCUUUUCUAUGCCACAUGCAAGUUUUGAAUGAGAGAUGGCGUAGCAAGCAUGUCUUUCCAUGUAUGCACGUGUAAUCCAGAAAGGCUUGUUGCCCUCGUAGGGCUCGAACCACAUGACUAUAGCUCGUUAUGGAAAAAAGGUGAAGGACAUCAGAGCUUGUGGCAGAGGAGGAGGAGUCGGAGGUGACCAAGAGAAGGGGUCUGGUGACAUGAGGUGAAACAGAUCUCUUCACUGAAUUCCCCAGGUGCUGUAUGAAAACAACAACAAUGGUGCUUGAUCAAAAAAAAACACAAAAAGUAUAUAGUGGUGCUAAGAAAGAAGGUGUAUUUUGAUAAUUAUAAAAAAUGUAAUUAUUAUUUUGUACAAUACUGUUAUUUCUAAAUCCACUUUCAAAACUUGCAUGUGUAUCCGAACCUGCUUUGGGCUCAAACAUAUACAGAGUAAGUUAAACCCAUCAUUACUUAUGGUUUUUGUCAUUUCUUUUCUACAUUCUGUGUAUUUGUGAUAAAGCAAAUAAAAAUGAGCAUUUAAAUAAUUUUCUAUCACCAAUCAGACUGUAUGCUCCAUUGUAUAUACUGCCCAAAGCCUGAGGUUUUUUGUUGUUUUACUCUUGUGACUGUCAGGUGAAACAACUGCAUAUAUCACACCAGCACAAAUAUGGCAACAUCUCCCACUAAUGUUGUGAUUCUGUGCUCCUAGAAGACAAUAACAACCUCCAUCUUUCUUUAUUUAAUUAUAUUUGUUUGUUUUUCCCGAUUUCACUUUUUUGACUGGCUUUUGCUUUGGUUGUAUACCUCAGACUUUCUUGAUAACUUUUAAAAAACAAGGAUUCUAUGCCCUGUAUAUACCCUAAUUAAGCAAAUAAAGUUAUAUAUUUUGGGUGGGGAUUUUUUCAAAAGAGCGGAAAAUUUUAACUGUUAGACAUCCACUGUUCAGAUCCCCUUGUGAAGGCAAUGAGAAGCCAUUGCAGUAACCAACUUUUGUUACUAAAAUGAGAAAAUGUUUUAUUGUGCUGUUUUGUUUUUUUUAGUUCAUUUAAUAUUAAAAAAUGAAUUCUAAACAAUA